AAUACUUUCAGGUUGCCAAGAAGAAGCCCUCGGAAUGGAAAAUGGGGAAAUCCCCAACUCUGACAUCAAAGCUAACUACGAGCAUAGUGUAGCUCGAGGGGCUACCAAUGCCAGGCUUAAUCACAGGCCAGGGAAAGGCAAAGCAGGCGCAUGGUCAACUUCGUUCCUGGAACAAGGACAAUGGAUUCAGGUGGAUCUUGGUGACAUUACAAUAGUGACCAAGAUCGGAACUCAGGGCCGAGAAGAACUGUAUCAGUGGGUGACUGAAUACAAGGUGUCUUAUAGCUAUGAUGGCGGUUAUUUUGAGUUUUACACGAACGGUCAAUAUGGCUCUGAAAAGGUCUUUCAAGGUAACAGUGACCGAGACAGCCUUCAUAUUAACACACUGGAUCCACCAAUCUAUGCCCGCUACAUCCGAGUUCAACCGGUAUCGUAUUAUGGGUGGAUGUCACUAAGAAUGGAGUUGUAUGGAUGUCGUUCAGGCUUUCCCACCCCACAACCCCCUGCUUGCCAGAAAGGAUUAGGUCUGGAAAAUUAUGCCAUUCCGGACUCCUCAAUAACUGCUUCAAGCUAUGUAGCUCCGGGUACAACUUUAUAUAUGCCGGGCAAUGGAAGACUUAAUUUCAGGCUUAAAGCUGGACACUAUGGGGCUUGGGCAGCUGGUAAUUUACGAGACAACAGUUGGUUUCAGGUGAAUUUUGGGCGUUUCGUUAAAGUGACAAUAGUGUCCACUCAAGGAAGAGACGAUACUUACGAAUGGGUGAAAAAGUAUCGUCUGACGUACAGUUAUGACGGAAACUUUUUCCGUGACUACCUGGAAGACGGGUAUGCGGAUGAAGUUAUGCCAAAAAGAUUUCUUUUACAUAAAAAAGGCGCUUUGCUUGGUAAUGGGUUCUAUUGCACUUCACGUUUGUUAACACUUUUAGGUUGCCAUGAAGAAGCCCUGGGAAUGGAAAAUGGGAAAAUCCCCGACUCUGCCAUCAAAGCUAACUACGAGUAUAAUGUAGCUCAUGGAGCUACCAAUGCUAGGCUAAAUCACCGGGCAGGGAACGGCAAAACAGGCGCAUGGUCAACUUUGUACCUGGAACAAGGACAGUGGAUUCAGGUGGAUCUUGGUGACAUCACAAAGGUGACCAAGAUCGGAACUCAGGGCCGAGAAGAACUGUAUCAGUGGGUGACUGAAUACAAGGUGUCUUAUAGCUAUGAUGGCGGUUAUUUUGAGUUUUACACGAACGGUCAAUAUGGCUCUGAAAAGGUCUUUCAAGGUAACAGUGACCGAGACAGCCUUCAUAUUAACACACUGGAUCCACCAAUCUAUGCCCGCUACAUCCGAGUUCAACCGGUAUCGUAUUAUGGGUGGAUGUCACUAAGAAUGGAGUUGUAUGGAUGUCGUUCAGGCUUUCCCACCCCACAACCCCCUGCUUGCCAGGAAGGAUUAGGUCUGGAAAAUUAUGCCAUUCCGGACUCCUCAAUAACUGCUUCAAGCUAUGUAGCUCCGGGUACAACUUUAUAUAUACCGGGCAAUGGAAGACUUAAUUUCAGGCUUAAAGCUGGACACUAUGGGGCUUGGGCAGCUGGUAAUUUACGAGACAACAGUUGGUUUCAGGUGAAUUUUGGGCGUUUCGUUAAAGUGACGAUAGUGUCCACUCAAGGAAGAGACGAUACUUACGAAUGGGUGAAAAAGUAUCGUCUGACGUACAGUUAUGACGGAAACUUUUUCCGUGACUACCUGGAAGACGGUUCUGUCAAGGAAUUUGAAGGCAAUAAGGAUAGAUUCUCAAUUGUGAGUCACAAGCUAAAGAAUCCUAUUAUUGCACGCUUCAUCCGAAUCAAUCCAUUGGAAUACCACGUCUGGAUUUCAAUGAGGGCUGAUUUCUAUGGUUGUAAAUCAGGCUUCCAAAUACCUCAAGAGGUCAGUUGCAAGGAUCCACUAGGGAUGCAAGAUAAGUUAAUUCCAGAUUCCGCUAUAACAGCCUCCACUACACUGGCCCCUGGGACUUUACUGUACGCUCCUGGUAAUGCUAGGCUGCACUAUAAGGGAGGAGUUGGACGUUAUGGAGGCUGGAUACCAGCAGUGAGUGAUCAUAGUCAGUGGCUUCAGAUCAAUUUUGGAAGAGACACACAAGUGACUGGCAUUGCCACGCAGGGUUUUUACCAUGCGGUUUACUAUGUCAAGAGUUACACGCUUCAAUACAUUGAUGACCGCGGUUUUCUUCAGCAAUAUCAGCCAGAAACACAUACCAAGACUUUUAAAGCCAACAAUGAUAAAGACAGCGUUGUCAAAUAUGACCUGAUUCCACCAAUUACCACAAGGACCAUAAGAAUCAUUCCUGAGGCCUGGUUCAUUCUCAUCGCUUUGCGUGUAGAGCUGUACGGAUGUAAAGCAAAUAAUGGCGGGUACUCUCAGUGGGGUGAUUGGACUGAGUGUUCCGUAACUUGUGGUACUGGUCAUCGCUAUCGAAGGCGUUAUUGCACAAAUCCUCCUCCAAGCCCUGGUGGUAAGGAUUGUUCUGGUCUGGGACCUGAUACCCUCACAGAAGAAUGCAACAGUGGAGGUUGUCCAGUAAAUGGUAAUUACUCCGAUUGGGGACCGUACGGCGAGUGUUCAAAAACGUGUGGAGGUGGGGUGAAGACACGUAAGAGGACAUGUACCAAUCCGCCCCCCGCAAGCGGAGGAGAAGACUGCAAUGUCCUUGGACCUGACAUUUCUACCACGGAAUGCAAUAUCCAGGAAUGUCCAGUUAACGGUGGUUACUCGGAUUGGAAACCGUAUGGCGAGUGUUCGAAGACUUGUGGAGGUGGGGUAAAAACGCGAAAACGAACGUGUACCAAUCCACCACCGGCAAACGGAGGAAAAGAUUGCAGUGUACUGGGACCCGACAGUGCUACCAGCGAAUGCAACAAUCAGGAGUGCCCAGGUAAGGAUAUGGACAAUAUCAUCGCCUACAUUUGGUUCAUCUUAUCAGCGACUUCGAAUUCUGGCACCUCUGAAAGCAGCUGGACUAAAACAUCAUGAUAAAGAAAAACCUUUUCCACAGUGGCUGGGAGAAUAUUGUUGAAAGCUAGGCUAGAGGCUAGAGACCUGAGCUAGGCUAUAAAACGUGCAAAGAAAGAUCCUUCCCACAGUGAGGCGGGGAGGGGAUUGUGAGGAGCUACAGUGUAGGUAAAGCGUUAGGCUAAAAAACAUGCAUAGAAAGAUUAUUUGCCCAGUAUGGAUAGGAGAGGAUUGUGAAGACCUAUUGGAGGCUAAAUGUAAGACUCCUGCGCUAGGUUAAAAAGUAUACAAAACACGAGCCUUUGGCCAGUGUUCCAGGGAAAAGGGUUUCGAAGCAUCCUUUCGUAUUACUUAAGGUGUUGGGAUUCCAUUGUCAUAAGCAAGAGACAUUUUAAAAAUACCUGAUUUUCUUUCACAUUUUUUCAACAGACAUUGAAGCCACCUUUUUUAUAAA